CAGUUGCAAAUGCGUCAGUUUUGAAACAUCAUUGUGGCGAUGAUUUCCAAAUUCACUUUUUUUGCUCUUGUGGCGCUGUACAUUUACGCCCCCAGUAUAAGCGGGGAGGACUGCAUCCCUGCCAGUGUCUUGACGCUGAGACUUGCUGCUAACGCAGUUCUAUUUUGGGAGGUCACUCCAAAAGAACCCUGCCACAUCCAGGGUUACCAAGUGGACAUAGUAGGCGACAGGCAAGACGAAUACCGCUUCGUUGUGACGGAUUUGUUCGUGGACGUCUCCUUCUUGGAAGUAUGCGAGGAAUGGCACUUCGUCGUGAGGGCAAUUUCAGAUGGAAUUCGAGGAUACGAGCGUCGCCUCGUCGACUACGUUCCUCUUCCACCAAAUGCCGAUCUCUCCCUCAGCUACUUCAACGUGACCCAAGUGGGUAGGAGUCUCCAUCUCGACUGGGAUUUGACAACCCAUACCCACGGGGAUUGUACCCUGAGAUACCGCAUCACAGUUGAAGAUGAAGAGCAGGGCGAAAUCCAUGAUACGUACGUUUCUGGACGUUCCGCUGACCUUGAUAUCGUGUCACCUUGUGUCUCCUACCAGUUGCGUGUUAGAGCUGUUAACAGGGCCUACCCCACCAUCGAAGGACCAAUGAGGUUCACCUACCACGAAAUGCCACCAGAACCUGAGGAAGCCCCUACACUCAGAGCCAUCGAAGUGGGCGCCACAAGCAUCGACAUGUCCUUCAACCUCGAGAAUUCGGGCAGAAACCGUUGCCCUGUCAGGACUUUGUACGUAGAUGGCGGCAAUAACUUCAACAUUUCGAUCCCUCUAACCAACGACGAGGAUAGGCCGCCAGUAGAUGUAGCUUUGCGGGGUCUCUAUCCCAACAGCAUGUACUUCUUGAAGAUUUCUGUGGAGAAUUCGGCAGGAAUAUCGCGACCCGCUCAGUUGGGUGUACAGACUUUGGAGCUGUCACCUGGUAGUGGAUAAGAAUAAUAGCUUAUAUAUUAAAUUAAUUACGAACUAUUCCAUUUGUUUUGUAUUAAAUAUCAUAGAGAGCAACCUAUAUAACAAUUUGUAAUAACAUAAAUAUCAAUAAAGAGGUACCAUCACACGCAUGGCAACAAAUUACAUCUAAGGUUGCAACUAGACCCAAAUAUAUUUUUUUGUAACA